AAGCGAUUCUCCAACAAGCAGAUGUAGCGUCGCGUGCCUGCACGAGAGACUUGGCCAAGCUAUUUUUUCUUUCCUGCUAAUCCACCGUCAUCCAAGCCUUCAAAAUGACGGUGGGCAAGAGCUCCAAGAUGUUGCAGCACAUCAACUUCCGGAUGCGGAUAUCCCUUCAGGAUGGCCGCACUUUCAUCGGAACGUUCCUUGCCUUUGAUAAACACAUGAAUCUGGUGCUCGGUGACUGUGAGGAGUUCAGGAAGAUCAAACCGAAGAGUUCUAAGAUGCCGGAGCGAGAGGAGAAGCGAGCGUUAGGCUUAGUACUCCUCAGGGGAGAGAAUCUGGUGGCCAUGACAGUGGAAGGUCCUCCAGUUACAUCUGGACCCCGUGUUCCCUUGUCAGGUGUUGGCAGUGGUCCUGGUAUGGGCCGUGCAGCAGGCAGGGGAGUACCUGCCCACGCAGCGUCGGCCGCAGCAGCACCGGCUGGACUUGCUGGACCAGUACGAGGCAUCGGAGGACCAUCACAACAGAUCAUGGCACCUGGGGGAAUAGGCGGACCACCACAAUUUAGCGGCCCUCCCGGCAGAGGGAUGCCAGUAAGACCUCCAAUGGGUAGAGGAAUGCCACCAGGUAUGAUGCCUCCCGGCAUGAGACCAGGAAUGCCUCCACUCAUGGGAAGAGGCAUGCCACCACCAGGAAUGGGAAUGCGACCACCAAUGGGAAUGAGAGGACCUCCACCACCUGGCAUGAGACCGCCCCCAAGAAAUUAGCGACCUCUCUCAAACUGUCUUUGCGUCCAAGCAUCUCCUUGCUGUCAAAAUGGACUAUGAACAAAUACCAGCCAGCUCAUAACCACGGUUUGACACUAUCAUCAUUCAAUCUGUGAUGUGGGAGUAUUGUUGAGAGUCUUAACACCAUUGUACGCAGUGUGCACCCACAACUUGUGGUAUUUAAGAGAAAGUGGACAACUGGAAGUCAAGGUCCUGUCCAUGAAUCAAAGAGAUCUCCAGACACGGAACCAGUGUGGAUGCCGGUUGAUGUAUACUUUGGAAUUCUUGGAACUCUUUUAUGUUAACUUCCAAGUUUAAGAUGUUGUUAGUCUGACAGCUGAAUGGACAAGUACCAAUUUUUUAUAAAAGGAAAAAAAAACAAGUAAAAUAUUGGUUUGUAUAUAUUUUUUAACUUAGGUAUAGCGAGGUUAUCACUUAUAAGGAGCAACAUAAAUUCCCAUUUGUGUUUUAAGACAUAACCUUCUUCGGGCCUCUUGAAAAAACACGGCACCCACAGUAAUUGCUGUGGUGUUUUACCCGGGUCUGGUGCCCUUUGCAAGGUUCCUGUACAAAUUCACAUUUGCCUUAUAGAGGUGCCCCUUACCAAAGGGAAAUGUCUGUGCCCCUUAAAGAGCAAAGUUCAAGGCCUGAUGGGGACAGCUGUCGACAGUUUGUUGAAGGCAGUGGGAAUUGUUUUUCGCGGAGAAGAGAUUGUACACUUUGAUGAAUGCAAGUCUUAAACAACGACAUGUUUCUCAGCCAAUUAAAAGGGGUAUUUUGGCUGUGUGUAGAGUGGGGGGGGGGGGGAAUUGACUAUCAUUGCUGUAACUGAACUGUCAUGUCUGGUAGGGCUUUGACCUUGCUUUGUUGCCUGUAGCCACAGCCGCUGUGUAAGAAGCUAAACUCAAAAGCAUUUUGACUUAUGAUUUUUGUUGCACACCUGUAGUCUUUGAACCUUUUGAAGGGUAUUCCUAGCCACUAAGCUGGUGUUCUCAUUUCUGUGUUUUGGACUUGAUUAUAAGAUUUAGACCCAGUAUAAAGCCUGGCUCAUACUUCUUGUGAAUGUAAAUGUGAAACUAAUUUUGACGCCACAAGUUUGCAACAUAUAGCUUGCAACAGGUGACUUGUACUCUAACCUGCAAAACAUUCGCUGCAAAAAAGCCAUGUGAUGUCAAAUUUUCUCGCAUUCGCAUUCUCAAGAAGUAUGAACCGGGCUAAAGAGAGCCAGCUUUGUAUUUAAAUAACUGCAACCUACAACAAUGUAAAUACAGUGAGCCAAACACCUUUAGUUUAGUUCACUCGGCGAGUUCAGGCAAAACCAGUUUGAAUUUUGUUGGAGUAGAAUUCAAGGAGAAAGGAGGUUCAAAAAGGCCACUGAAUUUAUUUUGCGUUUUUCCAUAUAUAAUUUCAUUCCAGAGGAUGUUUUGCUUUGGUGUAUUAACUCCUUAAAACAUGUUUUACAAGUUAAAUUUAAUUUUCAAUCAUGUCUACAUGUAGAUAUUUAAAAGCCAGAACUUAAGUUUGUAUCUUGUUAACUAUUUUUUAAUUCCUAUAAAUAUCUACACAUUGUAUCAGCUAUUGACAAAAGUUCAACCGUACAUGGAAGUGUGGCUGUGUUUGAAUCAAAUUACUUCAGCAACGAGAAUAUGGCCAUUGGUUGGAAUGAUAAGGCUAAAGAUGAAAGAAUAUGACUUGUUUGCAUUGUAGAUAUAGCCACUGCUGGAGUCAUUCAUUCAGACAUGGCCUGGGUUGAUAAACAGUACUCCAUUUGCACAUUAUAGACUGCCUAUCCUCGUGUAUUUUUAAAUAUUGAGGUGCAUAGCUAUUGUACAUGUUAACCCCUAAUGCUAAAGCAAUUUAUGUCAGAACACAAUGCUCCCCAAAAUGUUCACUGUGUUUGGGACUUGCUUCAACGUCUAUACACCUUAAUCAUGCUGCCUCCAUCUUGGUCAUGUACCUUGUAUCAAAUAAUGAUGUUUAUCAUAUUUUGACAUUUUGCCAGUUAUCUACUAAAAGAAAGGGCCCAAUUUCAUAAAGCUGUUAAGCAGAAAAUGCUAUUUAGAAGAGGGUGGGGGGACGACAGUUGCAACAAUUUUAUGCAACCAGUUUCUGUUAGAGCAUGAUUUGUAUGUGCUUAGCAGUUUUGUAUGCUUACAGGCUUUAUGAAAUUAGGCCCAGGUUGUUUAGCCGUCUAAGUUUGUUCCAACCAAUUUUAUUUCCAUGUCGGAUGCAUUUAGUGUGAAUUAAUAAUUAUUCUGAUACAGUGAAUACCUCAA